GCACUAGGAACAGCAGUGGUGGAGGCGAGAAGAGCGCAGCGGGCAGCAGGAGGGGCAGGCACACGCAGUGACUCACACAAGGCACCGUUGCCAGACAUGUCACAAGUACCGGUGGUGCAGAGGCAGAGGGUUCAGCGUGCCAUUCUAGACCUCGCCUUUUAUUGGUACCACCUGUCGCCCCUGUCUAGAGGGUCUGCGAUGGUGGGGUGGAUCUCGGUGCUGGGUCUGUCCAUGGCUGCUGGCCUGCACACCACUGCGCUUGUUCCCGAGGGAAUGCAGGUGGACUGGGAGGCCAUGCUAGUGCCUGAUUUAGCAGCAUUCAAUGCCACCAUUGCUCCCUGGCUCUUCUCCUCCGUGCAACAGCCACCCUGGGACCUUCCCAAUGUGCACCAUGCACUUCCCACCACUCACCAUGUGCUUGCUGCCCUCAACCUGUAG